AUGUGGAAGGGGAACAAGCUGGUGGAGAUCAUCCGCAAGAUCGAGGGAACUAUUAUGAUUGAGUUCAAGCGAAGCGGUAACAACACCAUCACUUCGAAUCGAAUUCCCCUCUAUGUGGGCGAAUUCGUGUAUGAUGAAUCGAAAGAAUCGUUUCUUCGAAAUGGUCGAGGAUACUGGAUCGAUGAAGAAACUCGGAUUGCUACUCGCGAAGUGGAAUGGAAAGAUGGAGUGGAAGUGAGUGGAAGAGAUCUCUAUGAUGGAUGGCAUAUUCAUUCAUUCAUUCACUCAAUAUUACUUGUUUAUUUAAUACUAUUGCUAUGUUAA